AUGCUGGGGACCAUCCUGCUGCUGCUGGCCCUGGCCAAGCCGGCGUGCCCGAAUCUGGCCGGUGCGGCGAGCCGGCGGGCUGAGGCGCUCAAGAGGCUCCUGGAAGUCUUUGGCAUGGAAGACCCUCCGCCCCCCCCAGCUCACUUCAAGCAGCCACCCCAGUACAUGGUGGAUCUAUUCAACACUGUCGCCAACGCGGAUGGUGUCACCAAGAACCCCGACAUCCUGGAGGGCAACACGGUCCGCAGCUUCUUGGAUAAAAAUCACGGUGAGAAGAUGCGGUUCCUCUUCGUCCUCUCCAGCGUGGCCAAGAACGAGAAGAUCCUGACAGCAGAGCUGCAUCUCUUCCGCCUCUGGCCGAGGGCCACCGACGGGCCCAAAAGGCACCACUUCUGCCAGGUCAGCGUCUACCAAGUGCUGGAGAAGAGCGAGCCGGAUGGCCCCGGGGGAAAGAAGCUGCUGGCAGCCAGGCUCGUCCCGCUGCAGGGCUCGGGCUGGGAGGUCUUCGCCAUCACGCAGGCCGUUCGCGACUGGACCGAAGAUGAAAGCAGCAACCAGGGUUUGCUGGUGAUGGUCCAGGGCCUGGGCGGGAGCCCGCUCGAUCCCUCACCGCUGCAGUUCGCGUCCGGCAGGGACCACCACGAGAGCAAGAAGCCCAUGUUGGUCCUGUUCACGGAUGACGGGCGCCGGGGAGCGUCCCUGCCCAUGGCCAGCUUCCCAGAUUUACAGCCUCAGGCUCCCGUUCUCCCCGCCAAGAUGUCGGUGCCCAAGCUGACCGGGCCACGCAGCACGCGCUCGCUGGACCGGCUCCAGCCCUGCCAGCGGCAUCCCUUGUCCGUGGACUUCGAGGAGAUUGGCUGGUCCGGCUGGAUCAUCUCGCCUCGGGGGUACAACGCCUACCACUGCAAGGGCUCCUGCCCCUUCCCGCUGGGCGAGAACAUGCGGCCGACGAACCAUGCCACCGUGCAGUCCAUCAUCAACGCCCUCAAGCUGAGCGAGGGCGUCAGCAGCCCCUGCUGUGUGCCCGACAAGCUCUACUCCAUCAACCUCCUCUACUUUGAUGAUGACGAGAACGUGGUCCUCAAGCAGUAUGACGACAUGGUGGCUGGGAGCUGCGGCUGCCACUGA